AUGCAUAACACAGUUGUGAUAUUUGUGCAAAGCUUAGCAGAAUAUACCUCUUGUUCUAGUGUAGUGCCGAAGCAUUACCAGCAUAUCCUAGCCUUGGCAUUUGCAGUAAAGGAGAUAAAUGAAAACCUCCACCUCUUACCCAAUGUUACCUUGGGCUUCCACAUCUAUGACAGCCAUUUCACUGCAAAGUGGUCCUAUCAUGCCACAAUGCUACAUUUAUCUGGACUGAAUACAUUUUUCCCCAACUACAAAUGUGGCAAUCAGGAUAACUUGAUAUCAGUUAUUGGUGGACUGGACUGUCAAAUCUCUCUUCAUGCGGCAACAAUCUUGGAUCUAUAUAAAGUUCCACAGGUAUGGGAAAAAUACAAAGAAUUACUGGAACCCAAAACUCUGUGGUGGUUAUCACCCAUUGAAGCACUAUCAGUUAAAACUUCAACAAUGAAAGAAACAUGGCUAACAUACAGAGACUUAUUAAUAGAACAACAAGGAAAGUUAAAAUUGAAAGACUAUGAUGAGAUAAAAGAAAACCUUCAGAGUUGGUUGCAACAUAGACAAUUAAAUGAAGUUUUUAAAGAAGACAAUAAGAAAGGGUUUACUUAUAUGGUUUCUAAAUUCCAAAAGGAUAUUAUAGAUGAUAAUUCCAAACUAUUAAAGAAGGUGUAUAAUAUAUUGUUGGAAUGGGAAACCAAAUAUGAAGAAGUCAAAUCAGUAAUGAUUAAGUGGGCACAGGAUGGGAUGAAGGUUGGGACAGUGGAUCCCCAGGGUUCUUCCGACCAACUAUUCACCAUCAAUGAAGAUGUUGUGACAUGGCAUACCUGGUUUAACCAGGUAAGGCCCAUUUCUGUGUGCAGUGAAAGCUGCAAUCCUGGCUCGAGCAAGAAAGUGAAGGAGGGGGAGUCAUUUUGCUGCUAUGAUUGCAUCCCAUGUCCUCAAGGGAAGAUUUCAGACCAGAAAGACAUGAAUGAUUGCUACAAAUGCAUGGAGCAAAGCUAUCCAAACAAAGAACAGGAUUUCUGUCUUCACAAGAUUGUCAUCUUCUUGUCUUAUGAAGAACCUUUGGGGAUAGGCUUGGCCUGUUGCGCUCUUUCCUUUGCUUUGACCACCGCUCUGGUGCUAGGAACAUUUAUGAAGCACCACAACUCUCCCAUUGUCAAAGCAAAUAACAGGGACCUCACCUACACUCUCCUCACCUCCCUUCUGCUCUGCUUCCUUUGCGUUUUGCUAUUCAUUGGACAGCCUAAGAAGGUGGUGUGUCUUCGACAGAUUGCUUUUGGCAUCAUCUUCUCAUUAGCUGUUUCUUGUGUGCUGGCAAAAACCAUCACUGUGGUUCUGGCUUUCAUGGCCAACAAACCAGGAUCAAGGAUGCAGAAGUGGGUGGGGAAGAGGUUGGCCAACACCAUUGUUUUCUCCUGCUCCUUUAUUCAAGCAGCCAUUUGUACUGUGUGGCUGGCUACCACUCCCCCUUUCCCAGACAUUGACACAAAAUCACUUACUGAAGAAAUUGUACUAGAAUGCAAUGAAGGAUCUGUACCUAUGUUUUAUUGUGUCUUGGGCUACAUGGGCUUGCUGGCCACUAUCAGUUUCACUGUAGCUUUCCUGGCCAGGAAGUUACCUGACAGUUUCAAUGAAGCCAAGUUCAUCACUUUCAGCAUGUUGGUCUUCUGCAGUGUUUGGUUGUCAUUUAUUCCAGCUUAUCUGAGUUCCAAGGGAAAAUACAUGGUUGCUGUGGAGAGUUUUUCUAUUUUAGCCUCCAGUGCUGGUUUGUUGGGUUGCAUAUUUUCCCCAAAAUGUUACAUUCUUUUGUUGAGGCCUGAGCUGAACAAGAGGGAACAGCUAACAAGAAGGGGUUACUGA